AUUAACUGUGUUGCAUAAAUGUUGCGGUACCGGUGUAAUGAACAGACAUUAAACUCCGCAGCGCAGAUUCUUCGGAUCGCAAAAAAAGUUACACUACAGCGGUUAAGUUCGCCUCAUAUUCGAAUACUUUCGUCAUACACUGAUCGGCUAUGUUAGCUAACAAAGCUUUAAUCAGCCAAUGCACCUGACUUUGUACGUUCAGGCGACUGCACUGCACAAUACUCGACAGACAUCGGCGCAUAAAAUGCGCUUUGAGCGAAAUGUCUGUUAACAAGUCGCUCGGCGGUGUCAUCGUAGAAACUGUAAUGGGCAGAGCCGAUUAAAAUAACAUCCGCUUCGCAUGAGCUGCAAAUAUUACAGAAUGAACAGACGACUAAUUCCACGCACCAUGAUAAAUUCCUUAAUAUUUAGCGAAGGCACUGAUUAUAACGUCAUUUUCUUGCUGACAAAACCCACGCAACUGACAACCUUACAUUAAUGCCACAUCGUAUUUGUUUACGCCCGUUUCUUUUGUGAAGGAGGGUGUAUUCUUCGGAAAUGGAACAAGAAUGCUAAUCUAGUUUAUUAGGGAGCCACGUUUAAGCUGCAGUGACUAAACGGGCUGUGGUGGGGAGACGUAUAUUUCUUACAGCGCUGCAAAAAGAUCUCUGUACUCCCCCACGUGGUUAUUUUCAAAACAACUCGGAUAAACCCGGAGAAACCCAAUUAUUCCUUACUGUUUCCCGGCCCCUUCUGCCUUAUCUAGUUGGGGGGGGGGGGGUGGAAACGGAGAAAACAAACACGGGGACGGCCAAUUGCGAGGAGCCGGGACCGGCGUGCCGUCAGCCAACCGAGCGGCCCGCAAGGGGGAAAGCGGAAUAUCGGGCCACAUGAGUCAGUGACGAGCCAAUGCAAGCGAAGGGGAGGAGUGUCUUGUCGUUUUCGAGACCUCCCUGAGAAGAUUGUUGCAUUUUUGGCUCUAAAGCCCGGAGAUCUCCGAAGUGCCGUCAGUGUUCGAAGUAGAAGUCAUGGCUACAACAGCUCAGUAUAUUCCUCGGAAUAACUCUUUACCUUCCAAUCCACUCAUGCAUCCGGACUCGGAUAGGAUGCAUCAGGGGACAACUUACAGAGAGGUGCAGAAAAUGAUGCACCACGAGUAUUUGCAAGGACUUGCGGCGACGAACACUGGGCAUCCGAUGAGUUUGACGCACCACCAGUGGCUACCCACCUCCAGCACCGACUGGACCAGCGGAACCCACAUCGGGCAGCCCGAGCACAAUAAAUCAAGCGUUCAAGCCAGCAGAGAGGACCUGAACGGCGGCUUUCACCACAGGUCGCACCUGGUACACCAACAGACGCAGAACAGCCACCACGGGUCAUGGGCGCCAACCACGACUCACCACUUGUCCCCACUGUCUCCUGCCUCCAACGGCCACCAGUCCCUUGUCUACUCCCAGCCGGGCUACACGAAUCUGAACGCCAUGCUGAGCCCGCAGCCCUCAUCCCUGCACCACGGAAUGAGAGACCCACUCCACGAAGACGCAAGCAGUCACGACAACCAGAUGGAGUCCCCACAGCAGCCUUUUGGACACCACCAAGACCACUCAGACGAAGAUGCUCCCAGCUCCGAUGACCUGGAGCAGUUUGCUAAACAGUUCAAGCAGCGACGGAUCAAACUGGGCUUCACGCAGGCGGACGUGGGCUUGGCGCUGGGGACCCUGUACGGUAACGUCUUCUCCCAAACCACCAUCUGCAGGUUCGAGGCGCUGCAGCUGAGUUUCAAGAACAUGUGCAAACUUAAGCCGCUGCUUAACAAGUGGCUGGAGGAGACAGACUCCAACACCGGCAGUCCAACCAAUUUGGACAAGAUCGCCGCUCAGGGCAGGAAACGAAAGAAGAGGACCUCGAUUGAGGUCGGGGUGAAAGGCGCGCUGGAGAACCAUUUCUUAAAAUGCCCUAAACCCUCCGCCCACGAGAUCACCAGCUUAGCUGGAACUCUUCAGCUGGAAAAAGAAGUUGUCCGCGUUUGGUUUUGCAACAGAAGACAGAAAGAGAAACGGAUGACCCCGGUCGGGGUACCUCACCCGAGUAUGGAGGAUGUAUACUCACAGGCAGACACCCCCCCGCUACACCACACGCUACAGAGUCCUGUCCAGUGACUACUUUAAUGAACUAGUCUAUUAUUUAAAAGAGAAAAUAAUUACAAAAGGGACUGUGGAAUUUACAGUAUUUUAUUUUGCUUUCGUUUUCUUAAAAAAAAAGAAAAAAGAAAGAGAUAUGGCAAGUGAUUGGUCGCCGGUAACCGAAGAUUAUGGUACAAAACAUGUAGGCGUGCUGGAAAUUUUUGUUCGUUUUAAUAGGUUUAUUUCUAUGAAAAAAAAUCCACGUGCAUUUAAAUAAAUCAAAGAUUUUAUGUACCAAAAUGUGGAGGAGGAUGAGUAAGAAAAAAAAAAACAUAUAGGCAAAUGAACCUUCGUGCUAUUGAAAGAGAAAUCGCGGGCCGUUUGUGCUUUAACUGCUGAAGCUAUUUCCGAAAGAAAUUUCCACAAACUCGGCCUUUUCACUAAAUAGCGUCGCGUUUUUCCUGUUUUUUUUUCUGGUUAACCGGAUCUAUUAUUAUUAAUUAUUAUUGUUAUUGAUUUCGUUUACGUAUUACUUGUGAUGUAUUGCUUUUCGAGUACCCUAGCAUCAGUGUCUCUACUGUACUGCAGAACUAAAAGUAUGUCAUUUUUGUUUAUUUCUAUUAAUUAUAAUGCUAUUUAACACAGCAUAAAACAACCUUUACUCCUUUACGAGUCCACAAUGGGGGGAAAUCGUGAGCGGGAUGGGGGCGUCAUAUUUUUGAGGGAAAGCGUGACAACACUGGCAAAACAGUGACACUUUCGUCGAAAGCAUUUCUGUAAGGAUAUCGCCUGCUGGCAAAGCCGCAAAAACCAGGCUUAGUGACGGCAAUGGCCAAACCUGCAUAUAGAAGCACACAUCACACAGGACAACAAACGGAUUGUUCAACUUUUAUUUGUCUGUUUUCUCCCUUUCUUUUGCGUGUAGCACUUAUUUUUUAACGUCACGGUGUUGUUGCUGUCAUUCAUUAAUUAGUUAUUCUUUAUUGUGAACGAAUUUCUUCUCAGUUGUGCAAAAAUGUUCGUGUUUACAGUUUCAAAGAGUAGUUGACGCUGUCAAGUAAAUCGCUGACCAUCAUACAAUUACAAUAGAAUAUUGUAAAAGUGAUUAGUGAAACACAACAGGAAGAAUGUUAAGUCUCAGGUAACAUUCACCCCAGCUCGACCUCUCGCUGUAUUAUGUAAAAAAUGAUCGACUUAUCAUAUUACUAUCAGUAAAAAGGCUAUCCCCCUUGGUUUAAAUAAUUGUUUGACUAUAUCAUAUUCAGUACAUGCUGAUAACAUCGGAAAAUGCUCAUAGCAAGGUAAUGAAGACAGGCUUUUCGGAUAUGUUUAUCAUUUUUGUGUGUUUUUCCGCUAAAUGUUCGGCAGAUUCGAAUAGACAGACCCACGGCAGAUUCAUUCCGCAGCGUUACCCGAUACAACGCGAUACCACUACUUUUUAUGAAACGCAUUUUAAGAUACUGUUGCCAGGAUUAUUUCCAAUAUGUAAAUAUGUCGAAUAUGUAAACUUAUGAAUUUGUUUUGAUUUUUCUUUUUCUUUCUGGGCAGUUUUGUACACUUACUAAUUCCGAAAAGAUAUUUUAAUAUGAUUUCAUUUAUGAAUUUGCCGUUUAUAAAUAUAUACAUAUAUAUUUAUUUCCUAAAUGUGUUUUGGAGCUUUUGUUUAGCUCUUUAAUAAUUAUGUUGCAGUGAAUUACAAAAUGUUUUGUUUACUACAUUGGUUGUAUGUUGAUUGCAAAAUGUAGACUGCAAAGUCACAUUUAUAUUUAUGUUUUAGUAAUAUUUUAUUACUUACAUAAAACGCAUAUACACGAAAAGGUGUUCUGUCUUUCUUAAGUAUACUAAUUCACCCAAAACGUGUGUCGCUAUCUAUCGUGACACCGCCAAAUGUGUGUUAAACAAUUUCUAGAAACUCUAAAUUUGACCAAUGUCAAAUGUAAAAUGUCUAUUCUACCCCUUCAGCAGUUGUCAGACCAAAUGUGUUAAAUUUAAACUGGUAAUCCGUCAUGUGAGAAUUCGCUUUAAUCGAAAUUUGUGUUGAUGUACUGUUUUAAAGGGAACCGAAAUCUUACCUCAGACAUUCCGUAUCAAAUUCACACGGCCGCCAAAGGCUGUUCCACAUUCUUGUGUAAUCGCAGUAUUAAAUUGUGCAAUAUUAAUAUGAAAAUGUUUACACUGUUGUCAUUUACCGGACCGCUUUUGUAGGUACUAUUAUUAUAAUACAUUCUGGAAAUGAGUGUUAAUGCAGCCUUGCAUUAAUUAUAUAAACAACCCAAUGCA